CAUCCGAAAUGUUUGUGUCAAACGGCGAGCGAUGACAAAUGCGUCGAGGAAAUCGCUCUCCCUAUGUCACUUCGAAAAUUUCGCGUUUAAAGAAGGUCGCGGGUGUUGAAAGGCGAUAUGCCACCCGAAUUAGGUGCUCGUAGUUGUCCCCUCUCGUUUUCCUAAGCGGCGGUGAGUGCGGUGUUGCGCUAAAAUGGCUUCUGGCGAUACCCUAGAAACUAUCGAAGUCAUAGGCUCCAAUCUGGCGUUGAACAUGAACAAUUCCAAGGACCCUACUACGGGUGGAUAUUACGAAACCGGGGGCGCGGGCGAAUCUGAAGAUAAAGACAAUAUUUCAGUAUUAAACAAGAGUAUUCAGGAUGGAGACCAAAAAUCUGCAGCAACCAUGGCGAGAACGCGGGCCGAAAGGGAAAAGGACAGGGAGAGGAAGAUCGGGCACAGAAGGGUCGGGGUGGGUGGAGAAAUUACUUACAAGAAAAUCCAGACCACCCAGAUCAUGGGCUCGAUCCAGCUGGGUAUCCAACAUGCCGUCGGCGGUCUGGCUUCGAAGCCCGAGAGAGAUCUGCUGAUGCAGGACUUCAUGACGGUCGAAACGACCAAUUUUCCAAGCGACGGCUCCAACCACACGCCCGCACAUCACUACUCCGACUUCAAGUUCAAAAACUACGCGCCCAUAGCAUUUCGAUAUUUUAGAGAUUUGUUUGGUAUUCAACCCGACGACUUUUUGAUGUCUAUGUGUGAUUCGCCGCUCAGGGAGCUUUCAAAUCCGGGUGCUAGCGGUUCGAUAUUCUAUCUCACAAGCGACGACGAAUUUAUCGUUAAGACUGUGCAGCAUAAGGAGGGUGAAUUUCUGCAAAAAUUGUUACCAGGUUAUUAUAUGAACUUAAACCAAAACCCGAGGACGCUGUUGCCAAAAUUCUUCGGCCUUUAUUGUUAUCAAUGUAAUAGUAAGAAUGUAAGACUGGUAAUCAUGAAUAAUCUGUUGCCAAGUAACGUACAGAUGCACCAGAAGUAUGACCUUAAGGGCAGCACUUACAAAAGAAAAGCUUCAAAGGCUGAGAGACAAAAACGGUCGCCCACCUAUAAGGACUUGGACUUUAUGGAGCACCAUAAAGAAGGUAUACUGAUGGAGUCGGACACUUACAAUGCUCUCGUCAAAACCAUACAGCGGGACUGUAGGGUUCUUGAGAGUUUUAAGAUUAUGGAUUAUAGUCUGCUGCUAGCGAUACACAAUUUGGACCAGGCCCAAAGAGAAAAAAUGGAGAAAAAAUCUCAAAUAAACGUGGAACAUGUGCCGCUAGACGGGGACGUCGGCGAGCCGAGUGGGGCGCUGCUGCAGGCAGAGCGGGAGCGCGAAAGGGAAGACAGGAUAGCGGCCGCCACUUUGAACAGGAGUCGUUCAAUCAACAGGCAGAGGUUGGUCGCUCAUUCGACAGCGAUGGAGAGCAUCCAAGCGGAGUCUGAACCCAUCGAUGAGGACGACGACACCCCACCGGGCGGAAUACCGGCGCGGAACGACAAGGGCGAAAGACUGCUGCUGUUUAUCGGUAUCAUCGACAUCCUGCAGAGUUACAGGUUGAAGAAGAAGCUCGAGCAUACUUGGAAGAGUAUGAUACACGAUGGGGAUACAGUUUCGGUACACAGGCCAAGCUUCUACGCGCAGAGGUUCCAGAAAUUCAUGGCCGAGAAGGUGUUCAAGAAGAUACCAUCGCUGGAUUUGCCCGAAAUUAAGGGUAAUCAUCGCAAAUUCCGCACCCUGGUAUCCAGCUAUAUAGCCUUAAAACAUUCGCCGUCGAAAAGGAAAUCACUGUCAAAACCUUUCCGUCAUGAGGAGGUAGAAACGAAUACGGUUAGCCCCACGGAGACGUCCAGCGCAGCGACGAAAAAACCUCCCGGUGCCGCCACCUCCGCCAAUCAGGUGGUCACGACCGCGUCCGCCCCCCCCUCGAUCCUCACGUCCCCGCCCUACUCCUCGUCUACACCCGUGACGUCACCUCCUGCCGCGUAUCCCGCCAUCCUGGUCGGCAGGUCCGCGUCCGCGGAAACGAAACCGAAGAUACCGCCCCCGGUGCCGCCGCGCGGUACCCCCAAAACGAAACGCAGCGAUCCGAACGGAAAAGGUGCGAUCCCGAGCUGCUGUAGCACCCCGCCUCCCACUUACUCGGAAGGUUUGGACGGCGGCCGUAUGGAGACGCACCCGGGGCCGUUGUCCGGAGCGCAGGUCGCUUCCGCCCCCUCGCGAUCCGUCAAACAUCACGGUCACCACCACCAGCAUCACCACCACAGCGCUUCCCACUCUUCGUCUUCGAAGAACUAUCGCGAUGACGGGUCGAGAUAUGACGCCGUGAGCAUAACGGAGAUCAGGUUAGAAUCUCGGGCGGACACCAAGUCGUCUUUGAGCGUGGAAUCGUCCGGAGGCAGUUCCACCACUGGCGGCGCGCACUCGUCGUCGGGCGGCUACUCGUCGCGCGCCGGCCUCGCUUGGACCCCGCCCACGUCGGUCGAGGGAUCCACACCCACGUGGACCGAAGGUACACCCUCAUUUACCGAAUCUUCAAGUAGCGGGGACGCGGACGUCUCCAGGAUACCCAAGCACGCCGCUAAAACAGGACCGCAACCCGCCGAGCAAGCACCAGCACAAGAAGGUGGUCGAGCACGCGAUUAACUCGCUCACGACGGAAAUGGUGAGUCCGAAAUAAAAACCGUAUCGUAAAAAGUCUUCGCGAUCAUCGGUAACGGUAUUAACCCCUUCGCGUUAACCUCCCCCACAUCAUUAAUAUUACCGUGAGCUGUAAAUCAGUGGUUAUUACACGGCAAAAUCAUUCCUAUCGAUUGGCUCGAUGACGGUCAUCGUCUGUGUACACAGCCGAUCAAGCGGUGAGGCAGAGGUUCCAAGUGCAUGCUUUUUGUGUAGCGAACGAGACUCGUGCGGACAUUAAUUUUGCCUGCCCGUAGGCCCGCAUGGUGAUAAAACCGUUUAAUUCAUUCGAAAUGUCGUCCCUAGCACGAGUUAGUCGAUUUUAAGCGAAUCGCGAAACGCUGCGGUAAAACCUACUGUUUUACACAUAACCUCAAACUGCUAUAGCGUAAAUAUCAAAUGCUGCGUUCGGUAUUUGCAGGCGAAACGAAUUUUUGGUCACCCGAUCACAGAUUUGUUUGAGGAAGUAAGAUUUAACGUACGACCGGGUCCAAUUUCAACGUCAUGACUUGUUAUAGAUUGGGCUAACUAAUCUUUGGCAUUUCUUGUGUUAAAUUUUACAGCUAAUAUGCAAACUAAAAGAUGCUGAACAGAAACACGUUUGAAUCUUUGUCUAACCCUUCAACAUUUCUAUAUCUCAUACGUUGCUCUCGCGAACUAUCGUCUUGUUCUCGAUUCUCUUUUACCUCUGUAAAAAGAAAAUCAAUAGAAAAUAACGAGCUUCGUCGGUCAUUCAAUUAAAAAAUUAUUAACUAUUAUCAUUCGAUAACACAGGUCUACAAAAUUAAACUUUUUUACAGUUGUUUUUAUUUUGAAAACUGAUUUUAUAUGGUUUUGGUGCAGUUAUUUGUAUCACGCAAGGUUUUUUUGCAAAUAUUAAAGAAAAAAAACGAUAUUUAUAAAAUAAUUUAUUUUUUAUUCAGUAAAAAAGUGGAAUCCUAGUUAAAAAAAAAAAAAACUGAGAAAAAAACUUUUACACGCAGCUAAAGCGUUGUUUGUCAUUAGGCGUGUUUUUAAGGGCAUAUCCCGUUUUAACAUCCACCAUGCUCCAUCUGCCUUGGUAUCGCCUUAAUGUAUUGGUGAAAUCUCUCUCCCUUUUCUUUGCUAACUGCUGCAAGGUUUUAAGGAAAAUAGUUCAAGUGUGAAAACAGCAAAUACACUUUCAAACUCAUAUUACAACCUAGACGAUAAAAGUGUGUAGCAUAUUUUGACCAAUACUUUCGUAGUUCUCGUCCUUAGAGUUCCCAAGAAACUUACUUAUCAAUUACUUCUUUAAAGGAAACCCAGUCGUUUUUCUCGACGUUGGUCAUAGUGGUUUGAAAAUCCUUGCCUUUGAAUAAUGUUCUUAUCUGCGGCCCACCUUCUUUUAUCUUGGCAUCAGAUAUGGCUGUCCAUUUUUGUCUAGGGCUUUAACAGACUGCUUCAUCAAGCCAAGUUUGAUAUGAAGAGGACUUGGGGUCCAAUGAGCUAUCUCUUAAUACCUUUUUGCUACCAGGUGUAAGGCUUGUUCUCGAGGGCCAUUCUAUUUGGGUCCAAUGUCUAUCUCUUGCCCGACUAUCCCACUGAGGUCAGUUUGCAUUUGUUUUUUUCCUAAUUCUAAAACUAAUUCAGGAAUAUUGUUGCCAUUCAUUAGCGGUCCUUCCUGAGUAAAAUAUUGACAUAACUCUUUGUCGCGAUCCCGAUAAAAGCUUGAUGUGACUCCAGGUGCAAGUAAAUGUUUGUCACGAAGUCUGGACGCUAAUAAUUCGGAUGCAUCCUUUGGAAGGUGCAAAUCUCUAAUUAAAUCACUUAAUUCGCUCUGGUUAAACACUUUGGAGGCCCCCUGAAAUCUGGUGUGAAAUUAGAUUCCUCUAAUUCUGACGAUACGAAGUUUUCGAGUUCUUUGAAUCCUUGAACAUUACACUAUCAAAAAUCAUUGUGAUUCCUCUCUCGCUCUACCAUAGGAACACCAAAGCUUAAACAUUUCUUCCUACCUUUUUGCCAGUUUCUUAAUGCUUCAAGGCAAACGGAACAAACAGUACGAGGGGCUCAGGACUUGUCUUGGUCGCUAAUUUUUACACCAAAAUAAGCAUGGUAUACAUUUUUCACAAGACAAGUUAUAGUGAGCCUUUGUUUUACUAUGAGAUACACACACAGAUAUAAUACAUAUUUUCCAGGGAGGUUAUUCGAAAAAUGUUCGCUUAAAAUUGACUGAAUAUAUUUUUUUACUCGAGUUAGUAAAAAUAUUUGUUACAUUUUUUGCUUCCUCUGUUAUUAAAAAUAUAGCAUUUUUGUUGUAUCAUUAUCUGUGGCAUUUUGUAGACGCGCACUAAUUUGUAUUUUGUUGUUGCCAGUAGUGUUAAUUUUUAUUUUAUUUAUUUUAUUGUCGGGUUUAAAAAAAAACAUAUUCUGGGAAAGGGCUUAAAGUUUUCUUUUAUUUUAAAAUAAAUUUAAAGUUUCUGUGCAGAUGCAUCGUGCCAUUCUAACAACGCAACAUUUUCGUAUUUAUUAGUUUUUAUUGCAUUAGAAUAGCUUGUAUUUCCAUUUAACGGUUUUAUUUCGUAGCAUUGCAUCCGCAGACUUUAAACCACAGGGGAGACCCUUGACGUUAACAGUAAACUAGAGCGAGAAAUAAAAUUAAUAAAUAAUAACCAAAAAUUGAAAAUGUCAAGUGAGUAUAAAAUAUAAAUAAUUUCAUAAACACUCCGGCGCAUACCAAAAUUAUGGCGCCAAUCGCCAUAACCCUUUCCACAUUUCUUUCUACGGUGUUGCCAACGUUUGCCUUUUUUCUUGAAAGUUUGUGAUAGAUUGCAUCGCGGUUCUCCCCUAGGGUUCGAUGUUUUCGGUUGAUAUUCGCUAACCUAGCCCGCUUCGGCCCCUUAUUUAAAAUGUUCUUCAAAAGAAUAAAAAAACAACAACUGAAAAACAAAAAAGAGACGCUCCACCCCUGUGUACACUGACGGUCUUCUCUAUAUUACGCGAUAUUCCCGCGUAUUGUUAACCGAAUAUUUUGCUUGCCAAAACGGAUAUCAGGAGCAGUUGAAGAACCGCGUGGAUUGGGAUUACAGUUGAGCAAAAAAUGAUCACACGUCAACGCGGAGGUUGUAAUAGCAGACUGAUCGAACUUAUACCGACCAUUUCAUCAUACCCCCGCUCAUUGUUGUGCGUUCCCUCCGCUAUGACGAAUUCCGCGGGCCAUCGAUGACGCGUCCGUUUUUGUUUUUUUUUUAAUUUUUUGGAUUUGUGUUGUCGUUAGAAUGAGGGGAAGACCAUUGAAUCUGUAACAAAUAUUUCCGGCGCUUUGUACAGUGAUAGUUUACCAGAAACGGUAAACGGAAAUAGGAAAGUUACGUUUACGUUACUUUUAAGCUUUUUUUUUUUAAAUUUUUAUAGUAUGUACUUAAAGAGUUAAAAUUAAGCGCCCAAACUUCAUGUUGUAAUUAAAUUCCAUAACCCGAUUGUUUCAAUUCGUAUAGGUGGUCCAAAAGUCUUACUUAAUCUCGUUGUUUUCGCUCCGAAAGAAUUUUUAAUUGUAGGUGAUAUAGUCUUCCAGAAUUCACCUAUAUCGAGGAUUGCUAUGUCAACCGUGCAAGUUUUUUUAUUCUACAAUAAAAUUCAAUAAAAUUACUGUUAACCUUUUCUUUUGCAUUUAAGAUUGGCUGAAACAUGGUGAAAUAGGAUAAAUGCAACAGAUUUGCCGCACUUUUUGAAAUAUGACUGUAAUAUUCGUAUUAAUUUAAAUUUCCCCUUCAAAACGAACCGAUAAAAUUCUAGCAAAAGUUUAAUUUUCUUUCUUUGUUUUCUCAAUUCGAGUCUAGGACAAAUUUUGUAAACUUCACCCUGCAUGGCGCAAGCCAGCAAUCCAUUUUGGAGAGUGGAGAGUUACCAGCAUAUUUCAAUACAUUUCUUAUAAAACGAUCCGUUGUAUAGUCGUUUGUCUUUUUAAUGCUCUAGCUGAUUAGAUUCAAAAAGUUUAAAUGUAUUUAAUAAAUAAGUGUACAAAUAUUUAGCUAGCUAAGAAUAUACUUUGUCUUUUUCUUUUUUUUUUGUUUAUACUGAUUAGCAAAGUUCUAAAUAAAGAACUUAUUAUUAUUAUUAUUAUUAUUAAACAUAAAAUAACGAUAUCGCUAUUACUUACCACUUGCAGCGGAUCGCCAUCAGUACUGUAUAAAGUGUGACCAUCUAGGAAUAAUAAGCGCUUACCAGAUGUCUUAUUGGGAAUAAAGAGGGUAUGAAGGAUGAUUUUUUUUAUUCACCUAAACUUUGAAUCUAGCUGGUAAUCCAUUUUAAAAUCCAGCCUUUUGGUUUACACCUUUGAAAAUCAAUGUCUGGACUACAACGUUCCGCAACAGUGACAUUUUCUCCUCUUUCUUUAGAAGUGAAGACAUCUUCUCCACCUUUUGUCAUUAAGACUUCCCUAGGUUUGUUGAUCCAUUGAGCACUCGUUUCAUCCAUAUUGAAAAUAUCAUGAUGAGUCGGUUUAUCCAAUAGAUUAUUUUUGGUUAUGGUACCACUCAAAAGAUGGAAAAAUUCGGAAGGUUCUUCUUGGUCUAUUCCUCGGGCUCUUAACAGUAACAAUCCUUCAGCUUUCCUUAUCCAAAAUGCAGACUCUCUUUCCAAAAAUGAUGAGAGCCAAGCCAUACUCAGCAAAGUUAAAGCCAGCCCACGAACUGUGUUACCAAUUUUCAUUUUCAUACACUAGAACAUCUGUAAAAAGAUAUUUCUGACGAAAAUUGAAAACAGACUUUACCUUCUUGUCCCAGACUCCCUUUUCGAACUUUGACCGUUAGCUAUUCUGUGUUUAAAUAGGCUAUUUGGGAUUUCUCACCGGAACUAACUUCUUACAAUUAUUCUUCGGUCCAAAAGCGCCUCGGAAGUGCAUUUUCCUUCCUUUGAUAUUUACUUUCCAUUUUUCAAACAAAAAUGAUUUUACUUUAAUAAAAGUCAUGACGAAAUCACAACCUUAAAAAAAAGAUACGGUUCUCUUCUUCCCGUAAAUGUAGGGAGAGAUGCCGCGCCUUCUUAUCAAAGUCGCACAUUUAAAACGCACACAAAUAAGGGCUAAACCUAACUCAAAGUAGUGAAGAAAAAAUACAAAUCUGAAAUAACACAGUACUUAAAAUUUUGCGAAUAAAGUUUUAUCUUACCUUCAUAAAAACAGAUACGUUGUAGUCGCCGUAUACUAAACUAAAAUUAUUGGUUUACUUCGUUGCCUAAUUUAUCGCGUAAUAAGCCCAGCUGUAAAGAGAACGCGUCAAUGGUCUUCCUCGCGACGUUCUGUUGUGUCCCUUUGUCAAUGUGGUUAACCCGCGACCCGCAAGGUGUAAUAAAAGAUUAUUAACGUUAAUUUUACGACUAUGACUGUUACGAUUCCUUUAACUUAUAUUAGCUCGCAUACAUGGCUUAGGGCAUACGAUUGUUUAUUACAUCUUGCGUUUUUGCACCGAUUUGUUUGAAACAGUUCUGCCUCUUACGCGUUCAUGUGAGUUAUUUAACUUUUAAAUCUUUUGUGAGUUUUUUUUCUUUUCUUAUUUUUUAUUUUUAGUACGCGUGGAAAGAGUCGUUUCUGUUUAUACGAAAGUACUGAGUUACGAUAAGAGGUGGUAACACAUGUAAGUAAAUAUAUAUAAAUCUCGUAUGUUGUCUCAGCAAGAGGUGUCCUGUAUCGAUUUAAUGUUACGUGACGCGCUUCCUUUUUUUCUUCUCACAAGCGUAGUAUAUAAAUGGGAGCAAGUUCCUGGAUUUGCCGAUAUUACGUUUGUACAUUCCAUUAUGGAUAAUUUGCUCCGUUAUGCGGGAUGUUGUUUUAUCUUCGGUGACGCUCAAAUGGGAAAGUCGACUCAAUCUUUUUUUUUUCUCUGCCCCAUUCCCUAUCAAAAAGAAAAGUAGGUGUUUUAAAAUGCGAAGGUUGGCAACAAUGCGAUUUCUCCGGGUUUCCUAGAGCCCAUUAUGAUAAACGGAUGUCUUUAAUCUGGCAGGCUCAAAAAUCCCCCAUCAAAUUGUAGCCGCUGAUUAGAAUAACACCCCGUAUACUUUAUUGUACAAUAAUGUAAAAAAUUAUACAUAAAUGUGUCGGUGUCAGAAUAAUACCUUCUCAAUCUCUAAAUGUGAUUCAUAGUAUUUCGGGAAACUGAUGUACAGCAAUAAUUUAGUUAGUACUACUCGUUCCGUGCUGACGUCAUGUUAGUUUUGAUUUUCAAAGGCAUCGUUUAAAGCUCUUAGCAAUCAAGCGACGUCAUAUUUUCCAGGCGUAGUGGAAAACAAUUGCAAAUGAAAGCGAAAGUUUGUAAGUUGAAGUUAAUAGCAAUAAAUUACUUGAGGUCGCUUGAGGUCUCUGGGAAGUGUGAUGUCGCUCUAUAACAUCUUAUUUAGUCGUGGCGUAGUAUAAGUAAUUUAAAUCAACCAAAAAAUAAUCCCACCGUCGAAGGCUGUAGCUGUGGGUUCUGUUAUUAUUUAGUGUUUAACAUUGUCUUUGGGUGCCUUGUUUUCCCGUGGCCAGUAUUUUAACUUUGUUUUUUGUACUUAACGAGCCCCGUGGCCCAUAUCAUAUCACGCCACUGAUUUAACCGAUUUUUGAGGUUGACUUUGAAACGUUUGAGUAGCAUGGGGGUGUCGUCGAACAAAAUAUGUAUCGUAAACAAUUUAUAUGAAUAGCAAAAUACAGUGGGUAAGCCGGGAUAUCCGAUGCGGCAACUCCUAACUUUGUUGGCCAAAUGUUUUUAUAACGUUGUUGUACGAAAAUAAAACUUGUUACGAACGUUAAAGCAACUUAUUUAUUCUGCUUGGGUAUAAUCUUUGGAAAUAUACAGAUUCAGCAUUGACUUGCGUUUUAUUUAGUCCUCGGCGGCAGAAAGUAUGCUCUUGGAAUCUCAUCUUUGUACG